AUCCAGUGCUGAAAUUAGAAGGCUGUGUUGGCGUGCAUGUUUGUUUAUCAUUUGGUAAGAGCCCUUGCUAGCUAAUGCUAAUCUGUUAGCGUGUUCUCACGGGUUGACAGCCAGUUACCACGAGUAAAAUUAUGUGUUUUGCUUACUAAAAGUCAGCAUUAUUAAACGUACAGAAGUAAUGUGUGGUCUUUUUUCGUAAGAUUUUAGCUUGGGCUUUAACGUGUGCCUGGUAACCGUAUUGCUGGGCAGCUGUACUUGUCUUUUGGACCUUGUGUCACGGUCACGGUCGUCAUGUUUCACUCAGUGCCCCGUCGUCCUGUCUGUGACAUCGGACUGAACACAGCGAGGCUUCAGAACAGCAGGUUAUUUGGAAAUGCAGGAGAGGAGAGCAGGAGUCCAUGGCUGGGCAGGAAGGUGGUUCUGUUGCUGUCCUGGCUCCAUAGGACAGGUGUGGGUGCCAAUAAAAAGGCUGAUGGUCAGAAAAGGAAAGGACUGCUGUCCAUAUUUGCGGAUCACUGCGGCUUUCUGACAGGUCAGAGGCUCCGGCGUGCUUGCCAGGCAAGUGAGCUUUACUCCAACCUGUACUCCGAGAGAACCAAGCGGACCCUGGCUGGCCACAUAUGGCGCAGAUUUCAGAACAAGCAUGCCCCUUCUGCUGGGAAACUUAUGGCGGCUCUGGCCGUCUUCAUGUGGGAGAACGAGAAGAUCCAAGAUGAGGAGAUACGCAGGUGUGGAUUUGAACUACAGGCCUUGGAGACCGUGAAAUGUCUGUACGUAUCAUCAGGAUCUGUGGCUGCAAAUCAGGAAAGUGACUGGGAAAUUGUGAUGGAGAAGAAGGAUUUCAGAGUAUGGAAGCGACCCAUUCCCAACAGUCACCUUUAUGAAUACAGAGUAUUAGGUUCCUACACCGAUGUCACACCAAGACAGUUCUUCAACGUGCAGUUGGACACCGAGUACAGGAAGAAGUGGGAUUCUUUGGUUAUCAAGCUUGACGUAGUUGACAGAGAUGUCAGCACAGGCUCUGAAAUUGUCCACUGGGCAACGCACUUUCCUUAUCCCAUGUAUUCACGGGACUAUGUUUAUGUGCGUCGCUACGAUGUUGACGUUGAUAGUAACCUGAUGAUCUUAGUAUCCAGAGCUGUUCAGCAUCCCAGAGUACCAGAGACUCAAGAAUUUGUGAGAGUCCACUCGUACCAGUCUAAGAUGGUCAUCCGUCCUCACAAGUCCUUUGAUGAGAAUGGUUUUGAUUACCUGCUGACCUACAGGGACGAUCCACAGACGGUUUUUCCUCGUUACUGCGUGAGCUGGAUGGUGUCAAGUGGGAUGCCUGAUUUUUUGGAGAAGCUGCACGUCGCUGCCUUAAGGGCCAAAAACUUGGAGGUAGGAAUUCACGACUACACGGGCGUCAUCAAGUCCAAGGACACCAACCGGCAGCCGAGCCAGGAGCGCAUCAGUGGAGACAACACACACACCGGGAGUCCUAGGCAGAUCUACGCCUGAGAUGGACUUCCUUAUAGACCAGGAGUUCACAAUGGCAUGUUUUCACUUGCAUUAGAGUCCAUCUAAAGCCCUCCAACCCAACUUUUAGUGAACAACUGCAAAUAAAGUUUACAACCUACUCAACAGAUGUGACCAUCCGUAGCUGUCGACGUUCUGGUUGCAAACGAGACGUUUGAGAAGUGGACUGCAUUGUUGACAUCGCAGUCUUUGUGGCGAAAAUAUUGCAAAGUAAAAUAUCCGGACUGACGCUUUUUAUUAGCCAUUCAAAAUUGUGACUCCUUUUUUUUUUUUUCCUUUCAGCUUUUAACAUGUCCUGCAACCGUUUGUAAGAUUGAGCCAUACUUCUUGUUUAUAGAGAUGCUUUUGCCAAAGCGCAGUUUUUUUUUAAUCAUUGUAAAACUGUUGUCAUCGACAAAGCAUCUUUAAAACUGUUCAAACCACCAGCACCAAAAUGACUGUCGUGGUGAUUUAAGCGUGCUUUUAACAAGGCAUCUACAUAAUUUGAGGAUUUUUGACACA